AGCGGACAUAUUCUUAACACAUCGCUCCCUCACCGCGUCUUAUAAUUUAAAAACAAAAUGAAGUGAAUAUGGUGAGCAAAGUUAUCGAUGUCAAGAAACAAGUUGGCAGUAAACACAACCAAGUGUUAAUGUCGAUUGUCGUGUGUAUGCCAAUCGUUGCAUAUGGAUCAGCCAUGGGCUGGAUAUCCCCAAACAAGGCCUUACUCAUGGGAGACUCGUCACCAGCUCCAUUCCCGCUCAAUGAAGAGAACGUCUCCUGGAUGGCUUCUAUUAUGUUCAUCUUUGCACCCAUCGCUGUGUUCAUAUACGGCAUGGCAACAGAUAAGUUUGGAAGAAAGAAUGCUUUGCUAUGCGCAUCUAUUCCCAUUUCUGUAGGAUGGGCAGUAAAACUAAUAUGCACUCAUCCUAUUGCACUGAUUGGUGCACGAGCACUCAUUGGUUUUGGAUCAGGAGGAGGAUUUGUGGUGUGCCCGCUCUACGUUAAGGAGAUCAGCGACGACAGCAUACGAGGAAUGACGGGUACUUUCGUUAUAUUUUCUCAGACUGCGGGUAAUCUCCUAGUCUUCAUUUUGGGAGAUCUUCUGCCGUACAACAUGGUUUUAUGGAUACUUCUCGCCGUGCCUCUCAUACACUUUUGUAUUUUGCUACGGCUACCAGACUCACCUUCAUACUUAGUGAAAAGUGGAAGAAAUGAGGAAGCUGCAAAGGUUCUAGGUUGGCUGCGGUCAGUGCCUGACACUGACCCCUCAAUAUGUAAUGCAGUAGACCGGCUUGUGAUAGAACAGACAACAUCGGAACUGAAAUUUUCACCAAAACUCUUGUUUGCCAAUAAGACGGCUAUGAAAGCAUUCUGGGUCGCUCUCAUAGUAAACCUGGCUCGUGAGUUCUGUGGCUGUAUCGCCGUGCUGGUAUACGCCAGUCACAUCUUCGCGGAGGCCGGUAGAGACCCUGGGAGCAGUGUUGGGUUAUCGCCGAACAAGCAGUCGAUAUUACUAGCUGUGGUGCAGAUAAUUGGGUCAUUUUUGGCAUGUCAGCUCGUCGACCGGGUUGGUAGAAAGCCUUUGCUCGCGGUAACCAGCGCUGCAGCAGGCUUCAGCAUGUGUCUGCUGGGAGUGUGGUUCUACUUGCAGACCGUGGAAGUUCAUAUGCCCGGCUGGGUGCCGAUCCUGGCUCUCUGUGUCUCCAUCUUCGCUGAUGCGUCAGGACUACAGCCUUUGCCGUUCGUUAUUAUGACUGAGAUGUUUAGUUUUCAACUAAGAGGAACAGUCGCAACUCUAAUAAUGGCAAUUUCACUGGGAACAGACUUCGCCCUGCUAAUGUUGUUCACACCACUCAACAACUGGAUCGGCUACCAUUCCACCUUCUGGUUAUUCAGCGCAGUGUGUCUCACCAACGUGUUCUACCUGAUACUGUGCGUUCCGGAAACCAAGAUGAGGAGCUUGGAAGACAUCUACUCCGAUUUGGAAGGAAAGCGGAAUCAUGCAAAUAAAACCGAUGCGUAGAAUCUGUUAUAUUUAGGUAGCGUCUGCUUGAUAAAUAAAAACUUAUGUACCAGUUGCAUUCACGUACCUACGAAAACCUAAAAAAAGACUUGUCUAUAAAAAGGUAGUCAAUGAAAUGUCCGAACGGCGUUGUAUAUGCGUACAAAUUAACUUAUAUAAAAAAUAUUAAAACAUUCAUUCAAAUUAGCGCCUUAUUUCAUGACAGUAAUAUUAAGUCUAAAUAUAUACUCAUUAGAAACUCGGACGCGAACAGGAGGCAAGACCAUAUUUUUGUUUUAGCAAUUCAAAUGUAAUUACUUUUUUAGCAAAAUAAUGGCAAGCGAGCCAGAGGCCGAUCUCCUAACAGAUGGACCUACCAAACAAAAGACUCCAGGUCCCUGAGGUUUAGCUCCGUAGUCAGGGCCGCGAUGGACUUAGGCUAUUGAAACAAAUAAUUCACUCCAAGUGUGGACCACUUGUUGAUGACCACGAUCCUCAGUCAUAAGGGAAUGACUAGAGAGAUUUAGUAAAAUUAUUGAAAACGUCUAGUUACUCACACAAUUUUGUUAAUUUAAAGGGGCACUACCCCCAAAUACGACACACCAUCCUUUUAAGUUUGGAUAUUCUGUUAUGUGGACAGUUUUUCACUUGUCACUUUGUCAUUGCGUGGCGUUGUAUUCAAAGCGCGAUCGAAACACAACUUAAAGAAAACUCUGCCUAAUGGACGCGUAAGCCGAGUUUUGCUUCCGACAAUUUUUGAGGGUGAUUGAGAGUCUAGUUCUUUAAUGUACGUCAAGGACUCACUCACGAUGGUUAAAAUGAGUGAGUCACAUGUAAGUGAAUCAAUCAUUUUAACCAUCCUAAGGGAGGGAAUCAGAGCGGGACCUUUCGAGCGCACCAAUGAGUGAGCGUACCUUAAUUUUUGUUAUCAUACCAACCUCAGAAAAGGUAAUAAUACCUACCCUACGUGCAGUUUGCCACGGCACUAGACUUAUGUUUAGCAAAGAGAAUUUAAACUACGUUCAAGCGAAACUUUUUUCCAACAAAUUUCUUAUUAUUUAUUUUAUUUUUAUUUAUAUUACCGUCUUUCUACUAGCCACCGUAGCUAGCAAAGAUAAUUUAAGCCAGAAGUCGAGAAGAAAACGCUACGUUCAGUAUCUAGUGUAAUACCUUGUCUAAUUAGACUAAUAAAAAGAAUGAGGCCAAUUCUCGACUUUUAAGUUUUUUAACACAAGUACAUAAUCCUUUCUCUUUCCUAAAGGUCACAAUACAACUAGAUCUGCAAUAAGCUAAGAUGCUUAUCUUUUGUUGCGCAAUGCCACUACAAAAAUAAUAGAUGAGGGAUGGGCAUUGACUGUAAGACCUUGUAUUAUAGCACUAGGACUUAGUAACAUUAUUAGAAGUGUUUAAACUAAGUUCGCGUCUCAUGCAUUGCAUGUUAUAAUAUUAUGUAGGUAUAUCCAAUCUUUCCGUGUAAUUUUAUGAAAAUAGGAACGAGACGAGCAGACGUCCAGCUGAUGGUAAUUGAUACACCCUGCCCAUUACAAUGCGAUGCCGCUCGGGAUUCUUGACAGCCCUAUAAUUCUAAGCUACACUACACUGCACUACAAUUGCGCUCGUCACCUUGACAUAUAAAAUUUAAUAUCUCUCUUCACUAGCUACGGCGCCCUUCAGACACACACAGUAAUGCUUACAGACUACUGCUUCACGGCAGAAAUAGGCGCCGUUGCGAUACCCAUAAUCUAGCCGGCAUCCUGUGCAAAGGGGCCUCCUACUGGUAAACUAGUAUUGACAAAUACCAACUAUGCAUUAUUUAUUCAAGAAAAUUUGUAAGGUAUAUAAUACGUACAUAAUUCUUUUUAUUGUAAGAAAUCCUCUUUAAUUGGUGGUUGACGACUAUAUUUUUGUCCUCGCAAAUGCGUGAGAGUGGUUCAUGACCAAAAUCAUGACAAUCGUCUUCAUUCCCUUCUUCUCGGGCUCGUACCAUAGCUCAACCAAUUUGUACAAGACUCUAAAUAAGCAACAUGUGAUACUUCAAAAUAAAACAAACAACAUAUUUAAAGAAUAUUUACUUAAUAAUAAAUAACUGUGUGUACUAGAAUACAAAAGCAUAAUUCAAUUUAAUAUCUCCGUCAUAAAUAAAACAAUAUUGAACGUCGUCAUCGCCAUGUCGAGUAUUUAACUUAAAAACGAACUUAUAUCGCUAAUAAUUCAAAGACUAGCAAACAUAACAUGUUAUUUCUUCAUAUUUACGUAUUUGAGGCAAAGCCUCACAAACAGACAAAGAUUAAAUUAGAGCUGCACUUUUCGACCACCAAGCCUUUUAAAUUGAUAAUUUAUUAAAGUGAAACUUUUAUUACAUUGUCUCAAACUUUUUCGUCUGUGUGUUGCAUGUCGCGUGACGGUCGGGCGGCGCCUAUAGUUCGCAGCAGCUGACCGUGUAGUGUAUAGGCUAUUACUCAUUUGUGCCAAGUGCUCCACGCUAUUUUGUAUGUUUUUGUCAGUGUUUAAUGUAAAUGUUGUUUGUCAGUGUUUCAUGUAAUCCUUUUCAAUCAAUAUUUUUAACCA